UUCUUAAUUAAAAAAAUUAGAAGCAUGGAUGAAUUAAGUAGUUAUGAAAACAAUGGAAGUAUGAGUAGUUCUGAAGAUACUAUUUCAGAUGAAAGUGAAAGUAUAACAGAAAACAUUGAAGAAGAUACAGGCACUCAAGAUACAAAUUCUGCAAUUUACCUUAAUAAAGAUGGAAAAAAGCAAUUCAUUUAUCAUUGUAAAUCCCACGAAGAAGCACUUCAAUAUAUUAAAAAAUAUGAGUUAGCAACAACAACACGAUUUGUGGUGUUUAAGGCGAAUAAAAAUUUUGGAGCAACUGAGAUUCUUACCAAGACUCAUAAUGUACUUUGGGAUGAUUUUGCUAUGAUUUGCGAUGAUUUUCAAUCAAAUUACGUUCAAAAGACGUCAUGUUGUCAAUAA